AGAACUAAAAGACAUGUUUUCUUACAUUGGAAAUAUUUGGUAAGAAAACAUGUCUUUUAGUUCUUAAUUUUUUCUUUUUUUGUUGGCUUAUGUAGGAAAAUGAUAUUUCUUUAGUACCUAUUAUUACAUCACGAUUUAGUGCAACAUGGAAAAUUGGCAAAUAUUUAAAUCAAUUAUUACAACCAUUUACUGAUAAAAUUUUACAUUCAACAACAUUUGUUGAUGAAAUUGAUUUUAUUCGAAAAUUAAAUCAUUAUGUUAAUACAGAACAUCGUCUUCGUCCAACAACACUCUUUUGUACAAUUAAAAUAACUAAUUUUUAUACAUUAGAUGAACAUCAAAAUAUGCUCGAUGUUAUUGGUUAUUUUUUACAAGAUAAUUUAGCAACAAACAAACUUGAAUCAUUAAUAAUUCAAACUAUUCGAAAUCUCUUAUAUUUAUUUCUUUAUAAUAAUAUCUUUUAUUACAAGGAUAAUAUCUAUAAAUGUUCACAAGGUAGUCCAAAUAUUAUGGGAUUAACAGAAACAUUAUCAAAUAUUUAUUUAUUUGUAUGGCAAAAGAAAAUAUUGAAAGAAAUCGAUCAAAACAUAGAAUUUUUGGGAAGAUAUGAAGAUCAAAUAUUUUUUACAUGGAAUAAAUCAAGUGCUAUCGAACUUGAAACAUUUAUAGAAAAUAUUCGAGAAAAACAUUGGAACGUACGUUUUCAAAAAUUCAUUAGUACAAAUGUACAAUUUUUGAAUGCUUCUAUCGAAAAUCGACAAGGUCAAUUAUAUAGUCAAGUACAUUGUGAUUCCAACAUGUCACGUUAUACAUUACCAUAUCUCUUGGGUCAUUCAAAAUCAGCACAUAGUGAUUGGUUACAAACAGCUUUAAUUCGUGCUGUAUGUUAUUGUACAUCGGUCGAUGAUUUUCAACAAGAACGAAUUGUUCUUGAAUUAACUUAUCUUAUUAAUGCUUAUUCAUUAUUAUUUGUUGAAACUCAUGUCAAACAUUUUUUCAAUUAUUUUCAUGCUCAAACUAUGCGAUAUUCAAGAAGUCAAAGCACAUAUGAUAAAUUUCGUCAACAAUGGUUUAAAUUCGUUGAACAACGAUAUGAACUUUCAGAACAACUUGAAAAAUUUAAUAAAAAUGGUCGUUUAAUUCAAUUCAAUUAUAUUUAUGAUUUUGAUUCAAGAUGUCGAUUCAAUCGAGAAUUUUAUCGACUUUGGUCUCAUUAUUUUCAAAAACAUCCAACUCUAUCAGAAGAAAACUCUGAAGUUAUCCUAUCAACUAAACAUUUUCAUUCAUUAAAUACAUUAUUAGCAAUAGACAAACCCCCAUAUACUACAGUUCAACAAUGA